UUUUUGGAUUAGUUUUGCUGUUUGGACUAUGGUUUUAAAUCUUGGAUCCGGUUGUGAUCCCAAAUUUUAUUUCUUGACAUGCCACUAACCAAAAGUAAUACAUGGACAGGUUAAGUUUUCGUGUACGUCAUAAUGACACUAGGUGGGAAGAAGAACAUAUUUCUGGCACCUGGAAUACUUGGUAAAAACCGUGGCAAAGGACUAAAAGCUACAUUAUUUUCGAGUGUGAAUGCAAAACCCCCUUCUUCGUCCACUUUAGGUGAAACAGUUACUUCCCCUAGGGUCACAAACCAUGUACAUGUUACUUCCUUAACUUCAAAUUUAAAUGUAACUAAUGGAAGCCAAAUGAACCAACGGACUACUAAUGAGGAAAUGGAAAAGGAGCUUACUUCCGUUCCUUCAACUUUAUCUCUUGAUGAGGAGAUAGACCAUGAUGAUUUCUUACAAAGAUCCAUCAAUAAUGAUGCAAUUAGUAAGUUUCUUGAUCAAAGUUCUUCACAAGAUGCCUUGAGGAUCCAGGAGGAAGUAUCCACCCCUACUGUUAGGAAGAGAAAUAGGAGACCGGAUGCAAAGCCAAGGGGUGUUAACAAGUGCAAGAAAGUGGGAAAUCUUAAAGAAGGUGAGAAAUUAGAGGUGAAUUUUUAUAAUAGUGGUCCAGUUGGAGACAACCAUAAGGAAAUGACAAGGCACAUGGGCAAAAUUGUUCGAGAUCGCUUAAUUUGUCCAGUUAGAGUGCAUUCAUGGAACGAGAUAGAUGAUAGUGCAAAGGAGCAUAUGUGGCAAUUAGUUGUGGAAAUGGCUUUGAAUUGGACCGUACAAUAACCCUUUGCCAUUUGAAAAGAUUAUGGCAAAACUGGAGAGGGAUCUUGAUGCAGAAUUCAAUAAUCAAAAAAGGUGGUCCGGAAAAUGCAUUAAAAGAAACGCCAAAUGAUCUAACAAAGGAGGAUUGGGAGUGGUUGGUGAAAGAGCAUUUUACAAGUUCCAAUUUCAAAAAAGUCAGUUCUAGAAAUUCCGAAAAUAGAGGAAAUUUAACAAUGCCUCAUCGCACUGGUAGCAUGCCAUUCAGACAAGUAAUUUGGGAUGAUAUGGGAGGUAAAGAAGGGAAGGAACCGCCUCCAAUAUCAGCUGUUUUUAAGAGGACAAGGAAAAGGAAAUCUGGAAAUUUAGAUGAAGAUGAGGAUGGCAAAUAUAAUGAGAUAGUUAACGUUGAGAAAGAGAAUACAUCCCUAUCACACUUUGAAGUUGUCGAAAAAUGCUUUGGGGAACAAGAUCGUGGUAGCGUUGUUUGCUUUGGUUUUGGUGUAACACCUAAAGAUGUAAGAGGGCCUUUACCUAGUAGAGUUGAACUUAUGGCACGUAUCCAAGAGAAGGAACGAGAAAAUGUUGAUCUUAACAAAAAAAUAGAUGAAAUAAAGGAGGACUACGGCAAAAAGAUGAAUGAUAUGGCAAAACAAUUAAGCAUGUUAAUGGAAGCUCAUGUUCAACGAACUAGUGGUCGGGACCAAGAUAUGCAUAAUGUUUCAGGGGAUUAGCAGCAAGGCGACUCGUGAUUGGGCGAAACUAAUAGUAGCAAUGACAUGUGGAGGAGAUCCUUGCGUGGAGCUUGAGUUGGAGUAUGGACUAACAUUGCGAGUUAUGACAUUUUCUACAAUGUGGAAGAACUACAAUAGUUAUGGUUUUUUUAGCUUGUGAAACUUUUGACAGAUUCUCUAGACUUUUUUAUCGUAUUGAACCGUUGGCUAAGAUUGUAGAUACUUUUGUUAUUGGUACUUGUGUUUCGA